AUGCUCAAUGUUCAUCAUUCACAGAAAAAAGUGCCAGAAUUUGGAUUUUCCAUUUCUUUACAAGACUCCAGCAAGACACUAGAUGAUGUAGACCAACAGAAUGUUCUUGAUGUUUUCAGUAAGAUGUUGGGUGCAUGUGCUAACGUGGAGAAGAGACUGGCGGAACAGUACAUUGAGAUGAGUGAUGGCAUAGAUAAUAGAGUCAUCCAAAAUGUCCAGGCCAUAGUUGAUAAAGACCUGCCGGCCCUGAUAAAAGUGAAGAACCAACUGACCAGUUGCAUUCUAGAUCUGGACACUGCCAAGACCAAAUUGAAGAACAACCAGCAGAUCCCAUCGAAGGUGGACGCCUUGAGGGAGGAAGUGGAGCAGGCUGAGAUGAAGAUGGAACAAUGCAGGGACACAUUCGAAACAGAGGUCUACUCAUUUUUCUCGAGAGAGGCGGAGUUCUGUGGAAUAUUUCUAUCGAUGUUGGAGCAGCAAGCCAACUACCAUAGACAGUGCUCCGAGGUCUUUGAUAGGAUACUCCCUACAAUUAAGCAAGACAUUGUCUCCAAGGCCCAGCGUCCAGUGUUCGGUUGCAGUCUGACGGAACAUUUGCAUUAUACGAAGCGAGAGAUUGCGGGUGUCUUCAGACUUGCACCAUCUACAUCAAGAGUUAAAAAGUUGAAGGCAGAAUUUGACGCCAACAUGGUGAACAUCAACGAGUUCGUUCGUGACGCUGCUUGUCUGUCUGGUGUUCUGAAGCAGUACUUGAGGGAGCUUCCGGAGCCACUGAUGUUGCACGACCUCUGCGAACAAUGGGUCCAAGCCUACCAGAAGCCACAGAAUGAAAGGCUGAAUGCAUUGUGGGUGAUUGUUGACAAGUUGAAGCAAAAGAACAUUGGUCACUAUAACAACCUCAGAUACCUGAUAAAGUUCCUUGCCCUGGUGGCCAGUCACAGUGAGAAGAACAAGAUGUCCUCCGCCAAUCUGGCCAUCGUCGUCGCUCCUAACUUGCUCUGGCCUCCCGAUAACAACAGCAGCAACAACGUCAACAACAAUCAUCAUCAACCGUCUCAACACAAUUCGUUUGCGGUGAAAGAGGCCUUCCUGGCUUCAAAGCCAUCCUCCUCCUCCUCUUCCUCCUCAUCUCACGAUGUGUUCGCCACAUCAUCGGGUGAUCCAUUCCCGAGGGCACUGCGCCCACCACCACCAACCCCUAUUAAAAAUCCUCCUUUGCCGCCACACUCCAAGAGGAAGGGCAUGGCCCCUCUACCUCCUUCGAUGACGUCAUCAGACCCGGGCUGGGUGGGCAACAAUCAUCAGAGGUCUCUCAGUACUUCUGUGAAUUUGCAGGGUGAGAUUGCUGGUGACAAGGGGGCUAACAAUAGGUUUGCAGUCAUCAACGGCUCACUUGCCUCCAGCAGUACUGACAUCUCAACAUCUCAGCUGUCUGUGGCGAGUAGUUCUGCUAGCAAUAACAACAACAACAGCAACAACAACAGUUCAAUCAAUAGGUCCAACAACAGCAGCGAAAAUGCCUACCAGACAUUAGGAGCUGGAGUUAUGGGGGUUACAAAUGUUGGGAUGGCCAUCUGUGGUGGCAAGGAACUUACUUCUUCGCACAAGCCCGACGACAACAACAACAUCGAUGACGUCAUGGACAACAACAACUACUCUGAUAUCACGGACAACAACGACAACGACGUAACGCACGGUGUGGUGAAGCGCAAAGGCAAAAUUAAAAGUACGACCAACACCGUCAACCGAAGCAACAACACCAAUGUCCUCAACAGAUUAAAAGAAAUCAACAACAACAUCAACAACAAUGCAAUGAACGAUGGCAACGAGACCGACAGCCUAGCAGCUCAGUGGAAGGAUGUGCUGGACUACGACAACGCAGAGUCUGAUAUGAUUAAUCUUGACGGCGAUGAUGACGAGGCUGCUGGCGAGGGCAAUUUUGUUAGGAACAGAUUUGUUAUGAAAGCUGAGAACGUCAACAACAAAUUUGUGAAAAAUGUUGCUACGACAAGUUCAACAUCUGCUGCAACAGCAACACAACCAUCGGCAACGUCAUCAACAGCAGCGGCAACAACGUCGUCGUCAUCAUCAUCAUCAGCAGCAGCAGCAUCGUCUUCAUCACAAAUGUCGAUGUCAGAUAAUUGUGCCAUGCAUUCGCCUGCAGGGGAUGCUGAUGUUUUUCAUCCAUUGCCCGAUGCAUCUGCCUCAUCAACCGGCUUGCCGCAACAACAACCUCAACAAAAUCAACAACAUCAGCUGCAACAAAAACAGCAACAACAAUCUUUGCCAUAUUUUUUCAUUUCAACUGAUACAACAGCUACAACAAUUUCAACUUCUAAAAUGAGCAAUAAUUUCAACAGUGACAACAAAAACAACAACAACAACAUUGACAAUUCACAACAAACUGACGACAAACGACAACACCGUCCUCAACAACACACAACCAUCACGAAACCAAUACCAGCUCCAAGAGUUCUGCUAUCUUCAUCAACUACAACUACAACAACAUCAUCAUCAUUAAUAACAUCAUCAUCAGCAGCAGCGGCAACAACAACAUCAUCAACAUCAUCAAUAACAUCGUCAACAACAUCAACAAACGUGGUUACAUCAAUGUCAACAACAGCAUCAUCUUCAACGCCACAAGCUUCAGCUUCAACAACAACAACAACACCACUGGCUAUCACUAAUCAGUCAAAACUUUCACUUCAUCCCAUAACCAGCAACAACAAGGAUGACAUUAUCAUCAAAAUCAAGAAGGAUGAUAAUGAUGAUUAUGAUGAUUAUCUUGUUGAAAACGUCACCAAAUUAUGA